AUGGAUAUAAAUAACCCCUGGGAUAAAUAUUAUAUAUUGAAUUAUUUGAAGGAUGAAUUUUCAUUGAUUUAUAAAAAAGUGGAGAAUAUAAUAAGAACAAUAAAUAAGAAUUAUAUAUGUUAUUUCACUAAAAAUUUUAAAUAUUUAAAAGACACACACACAUUUUUAUUCUAUAUAAUAUUAUUCAAUGUCUCUAUUCUAAUCUUUUUAUGUUUCUUACUAUUUAAAUAUAUGCUUCAAAAUAAAAAAAAUAAUGACCAAAAUAAACAUGAAGUUGCAUAUAAUAGAAACGGAAAUCAAUAUAUAAUGAAAAAAAAUUACCCAAGGAAAGAAACGUACAGAAAAAAAAAAAAUGAAGAAAUGCCUAGAUUUAAAGAGGAGAAAUUCGAAUUUCUUCAAACAUUAAUAGACACAAAAAAUUAUCCUAUACGAAAUAUAAAUGAUCAAAGUGAGCUAAGUGAGUAUUAUUAUAACAAUAAUAAAAAAAAAGCUACAGAAAAAAAAAAUGCAGAAAAAAAAACAUUAAAUAGAAAAAAUAAGAAAGAAAUUUAUCCCCUUGAUAAUUUAUCAUUAACUCAAUCAUUUCCAUUGUCUUGUUUGUCCCCCAUAAAUAUGGACGUAAAAAGGAGCCGAAGAAGGAGUAAGCGAGGAAAAGAAAAAGAAGAAAAUCAAAAAAAAGCCAAAGAAAAAAUGGAAAAAGAAAUCAUAAUUUAUUCUGACAAUCAAAAAAAACAGCCAAAAUCUAAAAGAUCCACUUCCAAAAAAAAAAGUAUACCCAAAAAUGAUGGAAACGAUGAGCGGCCACGUAGUAGGAGUCGGAAACCACGAAAAAUAUAA